UUCAAAAACACAGAUAAUACUAUAAUAGAUUGAUGUCCAAUUAGGGUUUAAGACGGAAAAGGAAAUUCGGAAAUAGUAGUUUUUAUAUAAAUCUUUCAAAAUCACUCUCCUCCUAAAAAAGUCUUCAUUUUCAAUUGAAAUUUGUAAAUUGUACAGUAUAAGGUGCUCCAGCAUUGUUCGCGACUUUGCGGUUUGGGUUGUAUCAAGUUUUUUUUUUUAUUUUUUAUUCUUACUCUUCUUCACAGCCAUGGAUCGUUCCCCUGAUAUUCCUCCUGCCAAUGUGACUAUAUGCCUGCAAUGUGGUGACCGGGGAUACACUAAUGCUUUAAUUUUCUGUGUCGAGUGUCUGGAAUAUGCUGUGCAUCGGUACUGCCUAGAUGAUAUUCCAGAUACUUUGGAUGAAUUUGUCAGAUGGAUUUGUGAUGACUGCAGGGCUAAGGUGCCAAACCAACUUAUUGUCCACAAUUCUGAGAAAACCAAUGAUGUCUCUCAUGGGAAAGUGCAUGGGCGAGUAAGUAGUUCCUUUGAUACACAAGCAAUCGUUGCCAGUGAUACUCAAGCUCAGCCCAAAAAGUUGAAUUUGGAGGAGAAACAUAAUGAUAGUUUCUUGGUAGUUGGGGAAGACGGACAAAGACAACUAAACGGUUCCUUUAAGCAACGUCAUGUUGAACUCGUUGGCUGCAAUACACAGGCUCAACUAGCUGCAUGCCAUGAGCCAGGACUGCCCGUUAUUGAUAUUAUUUGGGAGGGAUGUUUCAAAAUAUGCAACAAAGAUUAUGACAUCUUUGAUGGAAUUGUAGCUCAUUUAUCAAUUAAAGCACACGCAAAGGUUUACGAGGAAGCAAAAUCAUUUCCACCAAUGCUUAAACUGGAGAUGCUUCCCAAAUCUGUUGUUUGGCCUAAGAGUUUCCUUACCUCAGAGCCAACCGAUGAAAAUAUUGCCCUGUAUUUCUUUCCAGCGGACACAAAAUGUGAAAGGAAUUUUGAUUAUUUAGUUGAGAUAAUGCUGCGCGAGGAACUUGCAAUGAAAGCAGUUUUGGCAAAUGCUGAGCUUUUGAUUUUUACUUCCCAAGAACUGCCACUGCUAUACUGGAGAUUCCAAGGGAAGUAUUAUCUCUGGGGAGUAUUUAGAGGAAGGCAGCAACCAAGUAAUAGCGGUACACUCCAAAGUGCAUAGACAACAAACGGUGCAAAGAUUAUCCCUUCUAAGGCAGGGAAUGCAGUGUAGACACAAUUGAGAUGCAGAAAGUCCUCUUAUCCCCCUUGAGCAGCAAUGGUAGCCAUGGACGUUGUAUUUCUUCGAGUAUGUUCAACUUCUCGAUCUCUUUCAGGUGAGGAUGCCUGCCAGUUGGUUAAUAACAAUCUUUCUGGCAAAACCAAAUGUUGUUUAGCAAAACAUGUAGUUGUUAGUGGGGAAAAAUGACCAACCAAUUAGCUAACCCUUUUGGUCUUCUGUACAUUAAUGUUUACUAUAACGUUUUAUGAAUGGGAGGAAGUGGUAUAUACUGGUAUCCUUAGAUGUUCCC